AUGGAUUGUUUGCUUUGCUCACCAAUUUUAUAUGUAGUUCUUAUAUUUCUUUGGUAUUUAGUUAGAGUUUUGUUAACUCGUAGUAAUCCAUUUCCACCUGGUCCAAAAGGCUAUCCAAUAAUCGGUAACAUGAAAUUAAAGAAUCAGUUGAAUCAUCGUGGUUUGGCCGAGUUAGCCAAACAAUACGGUGGUCUCUUACACCUUCAAAUGGGUAGAAUUCAUAUUGUGGCCGCUUCAACAGCUGAGAUGGCCCGAGAAAUUCUUCAGGUUCAAGAUGUGGUUUUCGCAAACCGGCCAGCUAACGUCGCCAUUUCAUAUCUCACUUACAACCGGGCAGAUAUGGCGUUUGCGAACUACGGUCCACUCUGGCGUCAAAUGAGGAAAGUUUGCGUUAUGAAACUCUUUAGCAGAAAACGGGCCGAAUCAUGGGCCUCGGUUCGCGACGAAAUUAAUACGAUGGUUCAAACUCUGACUAAACAAACCGGUUCACCGGUUAACGUUGGCGAGCUUGUCUUUGCUUUGACGCGGAACAUAACGUACCGAGCCGCGUUUGGCUCGUUCGCUCGCGACGGUCAAGACGAAUUCGUAAAGAUUCUACAAGAGUUCUCGAAACUCUUUGGAGCGUUUGAUAUCACCGAGUUUUUACCGUGGAUGAAAUGGUUUAGUAAUCGCGAUUUCAGCAAGCGGUUGGAAAACGCAAGGAAAUCGCUGGAUGGGUUCAUAGAUAGAAUCAUCGAUGCACAUAUCGAAAAGAAGAAUUCAAGAAAACAAGACGAUGAUGGCUUGGAGGACGACAUGGUCGAUGAAUUAAUGGCGUUUUAUAGCGGCGAAAGCGGUGAGAACGGCGGCAAAUCUAAUGAUUCACUGUCUUCAUUUAAACUCACUAGAGAUAACAUCAAGGCCCUUGUCAUGGAUGUGAUGUUUGGCGGGACGGAAACGGUGGCGUCUGCGAUUGAGUGGGCCAUGACGGAGCUGAUGAAGAACCCUCACGAACUCGUAAAGCUGCAGCAAGAACUAGCUGACGUCAUCGGAUUGAACCGUGAGUUUCACGAAUCUGAUCUGGAGAAUCUUCCUUACUUCAGAUGCGCGAUGAAAGAGACGCUGAGGCUGCACCCUCCGAUUCCUCUUCUCCUCCACGAGGCGGCUGCGGACUCCGUCGUCUCCGGCUACUCCAUUCCCCGUGACUCUCGGGUGAUGAUCAAUGUGUACGCGAUCGGGCGAGACGGAUCGGUGUGGACCGAGCCGGAUGCGUUCAGACCGGGUCGGUUUAUGGAUAGCAAAGCUCCGGAUUUCAAAGGUAGCGAUUUCGAGUUUCUACCGUUUGGGUCGGGUCGAAGAUCGUGCCCGGGUAUGCAGUUGGGGCUUUAUGCUAUGGAGCUCGCUGUGGCGCACAUGCUUCAUUCAUUUGAUUGGGAGUUGCCGGAAGGAGGUAGCUCUGAUGAUCUGGAUAUGACUGACAUGUUCGGUCUCACGGCGCCUAGAGCCACCAGGCUCAUCGCCGUUCCGAGUUACCGGCUAAAAUGUCCGAUGGUGAUUUGAAAUGCGUGUUGUUUGUUUGAAGAAGUUUUAUAUCAACUGUUUGCCGUUUUUUAUGAUUCCUUACACAAAGUGUUUGUUGUUGUUUAAGAUUCUAAUCUAUUUAAACUAUUUGGUCCGGAUCUUCC